UUCAACUCAGCACCACAGCUCCUCUGGUUUGAGACCGAGAGGGUGUCUGUUUCUUUCUGUCUCAACCAUUUCCCCGCUUCACUCAGGAUCCCUCUUUCUGUACAUCUCUUAUCAGUGACCUUAUCACUGCUUUGCUCCACCGCCUUCCUGCGGGAGGUGCUGGAAAAGCCAGCGAAGGGAAUUUACCAGGAGGAUAAUGACCAAAAGUCCAGCUUGCAGUCAUUUUGCAUAACAGAUACAUAUAGAUUUUUUCUUCAAAAACCAAUACAUUGGAGUACAGCUACUUCAGCUCAGGGUGUUCUCUUUGUUUCUUCUCAAGAUGAAGAGGCACCGGUUGUUACCGUUGUGUACUCUUCUGGGCGUCCUGUUUGCGGGACUCCUCCCUAAACUCGAUGCUCAGGAUGAUUGUGCACAAGGGUUGGCAGCUGAUAUGUACUUUCUAGUGGAUUCAUCCUGGAGUAUGGGAGAGGAGAACUUUGAGCAUGUCAGACAUUUUCUGUACACCUUGAUACAAUCACUGCACCAGGUUGGAGGAGAAAGGUUUAAGUUCGCCCUUGUCCAGUACAAUAGCAGGCCCGAAACUGAGUUCCAUCUCAACAGCUACCCAACAACACAGGGAGUCCUGGCACACAUCAAGUCUAUGUCUUACCGUGGUGGGGGCACCCGCACUGGCCUAGGCCUGGAUUUCCUGAUACGUACACACUUGACCACUGCUGCGGGCAGUCGUGCUGCUGACGGAGCGGUCCAGGUGGUGUUGGUGCUAACAGAUGGGCGCUCUCAGGAUGACGUGGCCGAGCCAGCUCAGGUGCUGCAACUGGCAGGCGUGGAGAUGUUUGCAGUUGGAGUUCAGGAUGCGGUGGACUCCGAGCUCAGAGAGAUGGCUAGCCAGCCUCAUGCCACUCAUGUGUUCAGUGUAGACUCUUUCCUGGCCUUGCGGGAUAUAAUCCAAGAAAUAGUAGUGGGGAUUUGCGGUGCAGUGUCCCAGUCAGGGGGUGCUCCAGUGGCAAAUGAGGCCCCUGUGGCUGGAGGAGGGACAGCGCAAGAUUCAGCUGACCUAGUACUCUUAAUUGAUGGAUCACAGAACGUUGGAGCAGCAAACUUCCCCUAUGUGCGUGAUUUGGUUUUGAAAAUCAUUGAGCGCCUCGAUGUGGGCAGGGACACUAUUCGGGUGGCCUUGGUCCAGUACAACACCGAUCCAGAAAUAAAGUUCUAUCUAAAUAGCUAUGACAGCAAAUCAUCGCUCCUGGAUGCUGUGAAAGGCCUCACCUACUCAGGGGGUGAUGAAUCUAACCUGGGGGCUGCCUUGGAGGAAGUGGCUGAGAGCCUUUUGAGUGAAACAGCUGGGGGCAGGGCAGACGAGGGUGUGCCUCAGAUGUUGGUGGUUAUCAGUGCUGGGCCAUCCACUGAUGAUACUGGCGCCGGUGACCGGGCCCUUAAGAGGGCCAGUGUCAUCACAUUUGGUGUGGCGAUCGGUGACACUGCCACUGCAGAUCUGGAAGCAGUUGCUACAGACAAAACGUUUGUCCUGUCAGCCCCUGAUUUCAGAGCAGUUGAAAGCAUGGGUGACCAACUGUUCCCAUACAUUAACGGGGUGGUCCAGCGCACCAUUAUAGUUCAGAAUGAGUUCACAGAAGUUUUGGCAGUUGGGAAACGAGACAUCAUUUUCCUGAUCGACAAUACAAUGGGCACAGCAGCCAUCAAUGGUUUACGCGAAUUCAUCAAGAGGUUUGUUGACAGAAUGCCAAUCGGUCCAGAUGGAGUUCAAGUGGGUAUUGCCCAGUUCAGCACUGUCCCAAGACUCGAGAUGGAUUUGAACACUCAUGGAACCAGGGAGGCAAUAACAGCUGCUUUGGGCACUAUCAAAGCAAGACCAGGACAGACAGUCAACAUUGGAGCAGCCUUGGACUUUGUGCGGGUGAAUAUGCUGCAGUCUGAGAAGGGCAGUCGUCUUCAGAAGGGAGUACCCCAACUUUUGCUGUUGUUGACUAGUAAAAGGUCUAGUGACAGUGUGGAACAGCCUGCUUUGGCCCUGCAGCAAAUGGGUGUAUUGACUCUAGCUGCAGGCUCAAGGUCUGCUGAUGAGCAGGAGCUGAAGCAGAUUGCCUUUGCUGACAAAGUUGUGUUCAUGACUAAGGACUUCCGUACACUGUUUCGCAACCCAAGGGAAAUUGUUGCUGCACUCUCUACUCUAGCUGGGGUGGUGGUGACUGAAGUACCCACUGAGCCAGUGGUGGAGAUAACGACAGUGCAGACACAAAAAGUGGUCCGAGACAUUGUCUUCCUUGUGGAUGGCUCAAGCUACAUUGGCAGUGGUAAUUUCCCCUAUGUGAGAGACUUCAUGAUCAACGUGGUCAACCAGCUGGAUGUACGUCCGGACAGGGUUCAGAUUGGUCUCCUGCAGUUUGCUGCCCGUCCAAAAAUAGAAUUUUACCUGAACAGCUAUGGCAACAGGCAAGAUGUUGUGAAUAAAAUCUCUCAACUCAGGCUGACUGGAGGGUCAGUUUUAAAUACAGGAGCUGCCAUGAAUUAUGCACUGGCCAAUAUGUUUCAACCAUCAACUGGGUCACGGAGGAAGCAGGGAGUCCAGCAGGUUUUGGUUCUGAUCACAGGUGGUCCCCACCAGGAUGAGGUUAAGGCCGUGGCCGAUAAAUUGGCUUUGGCUGGUGUUUUGACUUUCACUGUCAGCUCUGGACAAGCGGACGAGUCCCUUCUGAAGACAGUUGCCUUUGUUCCAGAUUUGGCUUACCACGAAACAAGCUUCUCCAGUUUACCAGCUAUGGCGGAAGUGAUCAUGCCAAAGCUGAUAACAGUGGUUGGCGAUACUGAUGUUACAACAUUCCCAGAGGAAACUGUUGUUAUCUCUGGAGGUGAAAGAGAUGUUGCCUUCCUUAUUGAUGGGACAGACCGUGUUCGAGCAGAUUUUUCCUACAUCCGGGAUUUUAUCAUUAAAGUAAUUGAACCACUUGACAUUGGUAUUGACAAGGUACGCAUUUCAGUGGUUCAGCACAGUGAAAGGCCAACUCCAAAUUUCUACCUUAACACUUAUCAAACCAAAGAUGAGGUGAUAAGAGCUGUCAAUGGCAUGACAUUGGCUGGUGGACGUAGUUUAAACACAGGCUCUGCUCUGAGAUUCAUGAAGGACACCAUCCUGUCUGAAAGCUAUGGCAGUCGGGCUGCACAAAAUGUUCCUCAGUUCCUGAUAGUCUUGGCUGGAAGCAGCUCCACAGAUAACGUGAAGGAACCUGCUGGUGCACUGAAGACAGAGGGAGUCGUGCCAUUUGGUGUUGGUGUCAAGGAUGCAGACCCAAAGCAGAUUGAGGAAAUUUCACACAACCCCUCAUUUGCCUUCAAAGUGAGGGAAUUCAGUGAGCUGAGCACCAUACCACAAAGGCUCAAUAACUAUGUGAGCCUUCCAAGGGAUCAGCUAGCCGUUGUCCUCCAGGAAGCUCGAAGUGAUGCUGUAAAAAGAGAUAUUGUGUUCCUAUUGGAUGGCUCUGAAAACACCAGAGAUGGAUUCCCAGACAUAAAGCUCUUUGUUAAGAACAUAGUGGAGAGCCUCAAUGUCGAUGAAAGCCAAGACAGAGUGGCUGUGGUUCAAUUUGCUGAUAGUCCUGAGGUGAACUUUUAUCUGAGUUCUCACAAGACAAAGAACGACAACAUAAAUGCCAUAAAUAAUUUACGGCACAAGGGUGGAAAGCGCCAUAAUAUCGGUGCAGCCCUUCAGUUUGUGAGGCAUCGAGUUUUCACUUCUUCCACGGGUAGCAGAAGACUGGAAGGAGUGCUCCAGAUUUUAAUUCUUUUAAGUAGCAAGCCAUCCACCGAUAAUGUGAGAGGCCCAGCAUUCUCUCUUAAAGAGCAUGAAAUUGUGUCCCUGGGGGUUGGAGUGGGAGAUGCCAAUCUUUCAGAGUUGGAAACAAUUUCCUUCAAACCUGGUUUCACAUACAAGGUCACUGACUUUUCUAUGUUACCCUCAAUCCAAUCACAACUUGGUGCCACACUGAAUAUACACAAAGACACUGGGGAAACCAUGAAUGGAAUCUCUGAUUUAGUAGUUGAAUUAGAAUCCCUUCAAAGAGACAUUGUGUUUCUUUUGGAUGGGUCAGAUGAUGCACGGAGUGGCUUCCCAGCAAUGAAAAGUUUUGUCCAACAAGUGGUAGAAACACUCAGUGUUGCUGAGAAUAAAGAUCGUGUUUCUGUGGUUCAGUACAGCAAAGAUCCACAGACACAUUUCAGUUUGAACACUUACAUGGAAAAACAAGAAGUUCUGAAUGCAAUUCAACAGUUGAACCAUAAAGGGGGAAGACCCCUCAAUACUGGCGCAGCUCUUUACUAUGUGAGCAGCAAUGCUUUUGGCGAAUCUUCAGGAAGUCGCCGUCAAGAGGGUGUUCCUCAGAUAUUAAUUCUGUUGACUGGGGGAAGAUCUCAGGAUGAUGUUGCCAGUGCUGCUGCUGCCCUAAAACGGGAAAAAGUUGUUCCAUUUUGUGUAGGUACAAGAAAUGCUGACAUACUUGAGCUCCAAAUGAUUGCACAUAACCCUUCCUAUGCCUUCUCCGUGCUUCGGUUUGAUGAUAUUGGGAGCAUCCAUCAACAACUUGUGUCAUUUGUGAAAAGGGUGCCUCGACAGCAGCAAAGACAAAAGCCACAAAAUGCUUUAGGCUCCUCAGGUCAAAGUGAAUCCAUUCAACGUGAUAUUGUGUUUUUACUGGAUUCCUCUGAUGAAAUGCAGACUGACUUUCCAGCAGUGCUUAGCUUUGCUGAGAGGAUGGUGGAAAAACUUAAUGUAGAUGACGACAAAGAUCGUGUUUCGGUGGUGCAGUACAGCAGAGAGCCGUCAGUUGAAUUUUUUCUGAACACAUUCAAAACAGAGCAAAAUGUUGUGAACAGUGUACGAAAUCUGAGGCAUAAAGGAGGCAGACCCCUCAAUACUGGUGCGGCACUCCAGUACGUCAAGGACAAUGUUUUAACAGCCUCUUCUGGAAGUAGACGGCAACAGGGUGUUCCUCAGAGUUUGGUUCUCGUAACUGGUGGACAGUCCAGUGAUGAUGUCAGAACUGCUGCUGAAAAUCUGAAAGGAAUUGGUGUGAUGGCUUUUGUGGUGGGAAUGAAGAAUGCAGACCGCCCUGAGAUUCAGUCUAUUUCACAGGAAGCCAGUCAUGCUUUCUAUGCAGCAGAUUCCAGUGAUCUGUCAGACAUUGAACAACAAAUUAUUUCUAUGCUAAAGAAGACUGAAAACCCUGUUGUUACACCAGCAUCAUAUGAUCCCAACAGAAGAGACAUUGUUUUUUUGCUUGAUGGUUCUGAUGAUUCUCAGCGAAGAUUUACAGAUAUUCGAGACUUUGUACAGAGAAUAGUGGAAGAGCUAAACAUUGGUGCAAACAAAGACCGCGUGGCUAUGGUCCAAUACAGCGACACAGCAGAGAUUAAUUUUAACUUGAGACGUUACUCAACAGAAAAUGAUGUUCUUGAAGCCAUAAGAGGUCUAAAUCACAAAGGAGGUUAUCCUCUCAACAUUGGAGCUGCUCUCAAGUAUGUGAGCCAGCAUGCAUUUACUGUUGAGUCUGGAAGUAGACUUCUGGAGGGAGUUCCACAAAUACUCAUACUACUAAGUGGUGGACGAUCUGGGGAUGACAUUAGAACCCCAGUGAGAACUCUGAGGGAAACUGGUGUUAUUUCUGUUGCCAUUGGAACAACUGAUGCUGACACCCUAGAGCUACAGACAAUAUCUCAUGAACCCAGUUAUGCACUCUCAAUUACUGAUUAUGAAGAACUUCCUAGUGUCAAGCAGGACGUGUUGUCAUUAUUGCGAGAGGCUUUCCACCAUGCAGAGCAAACUCCUCCCACAGUAAGCUUUGAUUCUAAGAAAAAUGAUGUUGUAUUUCUCAUUGAUGGAUCAUAUGAUUCUCGAAAUGGCUUUGAAGAGAUACGAGGCUAUGUUGAAAAAAUUGUUGAAAGUUUAAGCCUGGGUAGUAACAGAGACCAAGUGUCAGUUGUUCAGUACAGCCGUGAAGCCACAGUCAAUUUUUACUUGAAUUCCUAUUCAUCCAAGAAUGAUGUGCUCAAUUCCAUUAGAACAAUGAGCCAUAAAUUGGGUCGACCCCUUAAUAUUGGAAAAGCACUGGAGUUUGUGAGAGACAAUGUCUUUGCUGCUUCAGUUGGAGGUAGACGGGAAGACUUGGUCCCUCAGUAUCUGUAUGUGUUUAGUGGUGGGAGAUCUGGGGAUGAUGUCAGAGGACCAGCACAGUCUCUCAAAGACAAUGGAAUAAAGAUUUUUAGUAUUGGAACAAAGAAUGCUGAUACUUUGGAGAUGCAAACCAUCGCUUUCACACCAGCACAUUAUUUUUAUGUCGCAAACUAUAAAAAUCUGCAAAACAUCAAUCCAUCUCUGGAAGCCACAUUGAAGGGCAACCAAGAAACAGCUGAAUUUCCAAUUAUAACUGACAUUCCCACAAUUGCAGAUGUCCAGAGUGCUGAUAUUGUUUUUCUCCUUGAUGGAUCUAAUGAUAUGAGAGCAAAUGAAAAACAAAUCUUGGAAUUUGUCAGAGAGUUUGUUAAGCAAAUAGAAAUUGGGCCUAGAAAAGCACAAGUUGCUUUAAUCCAGUACAGCACAGAGGCCACGACUGAUUUUCUCCUGAACAAGUAUUCACUGAAAGAUGAUGUCUUGAGUCAUUUCAGCAAUGUAAAACUGAAAGGAGGGCUUACAGUGAACAUUGGUGCAGCCCUUGAUUAUGUGAGAAACGCUGUCUUCACUGCUUCAUCUGGCAGCAGAGCCCUGCAGGGAGUCCCACAGAUACUCAUCCUCUUAAGUGGGAGAAAGUCGGACGAUGAUGUCUUAGGUCCAGCGGAAAGACUGAGAAAUGCUGGAAUUGUUCUUUUUGGUGUUGGAGUAAAUAAUGCAGAUAGACUGGAGAUGGAGUGGUUGGCUCCGAGAGCAGAGUACCUUAUCAAGGAGAUUUCAGACUUUCCUCUUGUGAGAGAACAGUUGCUCUCAUCCAUUACCUCUCUCAAAAGCACAAUCAGCCCUGGUGUAGGGUCAAGCUCUAGCAUGAACAGAGAUAUUGUAUUUCUCGUUGAUGGAUCUGAUGAUGUGAGGAGUAAAUUCAGUGCUGUCCGUGAAUUUAUUGCAAAAGUGGCUGGCAGGUUUGACCUGGAUCAAGGAAAAGAUAAAGUUGCUGUUGUACAGUAUAGCAACAAUCCUGAACUCAGUUUCAGCCUGAAUACGUACAUUACAAAAGACGAUGUUCUCAAGCACAUUGCAAGCCUUAAACCAAAAGGUGGACGACCUCAGUAUAUUGGAGCAGCACUCCAGUUUGUGAAGGACAAUGUGUUUGUUGCAAAAGCUGGAGGUCGACGUAACGAAGGCACCAAGCAGAUACUUAUUGUAUUGGCUGGUGGAAGAUCUAGAGAUUCUCCACGAGGGCCGGGAAAUGCACUCAAAGCAGAAGGGGUUGUUGCAAUUGCAAUUGGAUCAAGGAUGUCAAAUUCAGCGGAGAUGCAACUUAUUUCUUCAGAUAAAGAUUACACAUACUCAGUCCCUGAUUUUGUGAACCUUCCUAGCAUUGAACAAAGUUUGAUGAAUCACCUAACUGAAAUGGCAGUUGAGGUGGAAAGUUCAGGAGUGGUGAAAAAAUCAGAAGGAAAAGAUGUGGUGUUCUUGCUGGAUGGUUCUGAUGGCACAAGGAAUGGCUUCCCUGCCAUGCGUGACUUUGUUGAGAGAGUGGUGGAAAAACUCAGUGUGGGAGAAAACCGAGACCGUGUCUCUGUGGUCCAGUACAGCAGAGACGCAGAGGUCCACUUCUAUCUGAACACACAUAACAAGAGAGAGGAUGUUGUGGAUUCGGUCAGAGGGCUUAGACACAGAGGAGGAAGACCCCUCAACACCGGGGCAGCCCUCCAAUACGUCAGGGACAACGUCUUUACAAACUCCUCCGGGAGUAGACGCCUGCAAGGUGUCCCGCAGAUGCUGGUCCUGCUAACUGGGGGAAGGUCUGCUGACAGUGUAGAUGCCCCAGCCUCUGCUCUCAAACAGCAGGGCGUCUUUGUGAUUGGCAUUGGAACUAGGACCUCUGACAGCAGAGAGCUGCAAAAGAUAUCACACGAGCCCAGUUACGCUCUAUCUGUGUCUGAGUUCACCGACCUCCCCAAUGUCCAAGAGCAGCUCUCCUCUGUAAUGAGCACAGUGCUUGUGAGGGCCACGCCCAUGACACCAACAGUGACCGUGGUGAGACAGCCAGCAGGAAAGGAUGUGGUGUUCUUGCUGGAUGGAUCUGAUGGUACCCGAAGUGGAUUCCCAGCCAUGCGAGACUUUGUCCAAAGAGUGGUAGAGACACUCAGUGUGGAUGACAACAAAGACCGUGUCUCAGUGGUUCAGUACAGCAGAGACGUGCAGGUCCAGUUCUAUCUGAACACGUACAUGACAAAGGGCCAGAUCCUUGACAGUGUCAGAGGCUUGAGGCACAAAGGCGGAAAACCCCUCAACACUGGAGCAGCUCUCCAGCACUUGAGGGAUAACAUCUUCACGGCCUCUGCCGGAAGCAGGCGCCUGGAAGGGGUGCCACAGAUCCUGGUGCUGCUAGCUGGUGGCAAAUCCUUUGACAGCGUUGAUGCACCCGCCUCUGCUCUCAAACAGCUGGGUGUCUUGACCUUUGCAAUUGGAACCAGAGGCUCUGACAGCAGAGAAUUGCAGACGAUAUCCCACGACCCCAGCAGUGCUCUGUCUGUGUCUGAAUUCACUGACCUUCCCAGUGUCCAACAGCAACUUCAGUCCUCCGUGGAGGCUGUGGUUAUUGACGUCACUCCAGAAUCACCAACUGUACUUGUUGACACUGCCAAAAAGGAUAUCGUAUUCCUUCUGGACGGUUCUGAUGGCACAAGGAAUGGCUUCCCUGCCAUGCGUGACUUUGUUGAGAGAGUGGUGGAAAAACUCAGUGUGGGAGAAAACCGAGACCGUGUCUCUGUGGUCCAGUACAGCAGAGACGCAGAGGUCCACUUCUAUCUGAACACACAUAACAAGAGAGAGGAUGUUGUGGAUUCAGUCAGAGGGCUUAGACACAGAGGAGGAAGACCCCUCAACACCGGGGCAGCCCUCCAAUACGUCAGGGACAACGUCUUUACAAACUCCUCCGGGAGUAGACGCCUGCAAGGUGUCCCGCAGAUGCUGGUCCUGCUAACUGGGGGAAGGUCUGCUGACAGUGUAGACGCCCCAGCCUCUGCUCUCAAACAGCAGGGCGUCUUUGUGAUUGGCAUUGGAACUAGGACCUCUGACAGCAGAGAGCUGCAAAAGAUAUCACACGAGCCCAGUUACGCUCUAUCUGUGUCUGAGUUCACCGACCUCCCCAAUGUCCAAGAGCAGCUCUCCUCUGUAAUGAGCACAGUGCUUGUGAGGGCCACGCCCAUGACACCAACAGUGACCGUGGUGAGACAGCCAGCAGGAAAGGAUGUGGUGUUCUUGCUGGAUGGAUCUGAUGGUACCCGAAGUGGAUUCCCAGCCAUGCGAGACUUUGUCCAAAGAGUGGUAGAGACACUCAGUGUGGAUGACAACAAAGACCGUGUCUCAGUGGUUCAGUACAGCAGAGACGUGCAGGUCCAGUUCUAUCUGAACACGUACAUGACAAAGGGCCAGAUCCUUGACAGUGUCAGAGGCUUGAGGCACAAAGGCGGAAGACCCCUCAACACUGGAGCAGCUCUCCAGCACUUGAGGGAUAACAUCUUCACGGCCUCUGCCGGAAGCAGGCGCCUGGAAGGGGUGCCACAGAUCCUGGUGCUGCUAGCUGGUGGCAAAUCCUUUGACAGCGUUGAUGCACCCGCCUCUGCUCUCAAACAGCUGGGUGUCUUGAUCUUUGCAAUUGGAACCAGAGGCUCUGACAGCAGAGAAUUGCAGAGGAUAUCCCACGACCCCAGCAGUGCUCUGUCUGUGUCUGAAUUCACUGACCUUCCCAGUGUCCAACAGCAACUUCAGUCCUCCGUGGAGGCUGUGGUUAUUGACGUCACUCCAGAAUCACCAACUGUACUUGUUGACACUGCCAAAAAGGAUAUCGUAUUCCUUCUGGACGGUUCUGAUGGCACAAGGAAUGGCUUCCCUGCCAUGCGUGACUUUGUUGAGAGAGUGGUGGAAAAACUCAGUGUGGGAGAAAACCGAGACCGUGUCUCUGUGGUCCAGUACAGCAGAGACGCAGAGGUCCACUUCUAUCUGAACACACAUAACAAGAGAGAGGAUGUUGUGGAUUCGGUCAGAGGGCUUAGACACAGAGGAGGAAGACCCCUCAACACCGGGGAAGCCCUCCAAUACGUCAGGGACAACGUCUUUACAAACUCCUCCGGGAGUAGACGCCUGCAAGGUGUCCCGCAGAUGCUGGUCCUGCUAACUGGGGGAAGGUCUGCUGACAGUGUAGACGCCCCAGCCUCUGCUCUCAAACAGCAGGGCGUCUUUGUGAUUGGCAUUGGAACUAGGACCUCUGACAGCAGAGAGCUGCAAAAGAUAUCACACGAGCCCAGUUACGCUCUAUCUGUGUCUGAGUUCACCGACCUCCCCAAUGUCCAAGAGCAGCUCUCCUCUGUAAUGAGCACAGUGCUUGUGAGGGCCACGCCCAUGACACCAACAGUGACCGUGGUGAGACAGCCAGCAGGAAAGGAUGUGGUGUUCUUGCUGGAUGGAUCUGAUGGUACCCGAAGUGGAUUCCCAGCCAUGCGAGACUUUGUCCAAAGAGUGGUAGAGACACUCAGUGUGGAUGACAACAAAGACCGUGUCUCAGUGGUUCAGUACAGCAGAGACGCGCAGGUCCAGUUCUAUCUGAACACGUACACGACAAAGGGCCAGAUCCUUGACAGUGUCAGAGGCUUGAGGCACAAAGGUGGAAGACCCCUCAACACUGGAGCAGCUCUCCAGCACUUGAGGGAUAACAUCUUCACGGCCUCUGCCGGAAGCAGGCGCCUGGAAGGGGUGCCACAGAUCCUGGUGCUGCUAGCUGGUGGCAAAUCCUUUGACAGCGUUGAUGCACCCGCCUCUGCUCUCAAACAGCUGGGUGUCUUGAUCUUUGCAAUUGGAACCAGAGGAUCUGACAGCAGAGAAUUGCAGAGGAUAUCCCACGACCCCAGCAGUGCUCUGUCUGUGUCUGAAUUCACUGACCUUCCCAGUGUCCAACAGCAACUUCAGUCCUCCGUGGAGGCUGUGGUUAUUGACGUCACUCCAGAAUCACCAACUGUACUUGUUGACACUUCCAAAAAGGAUAUCGUAUUCCUUCUGGACGGUUCUGAUGGCACAAGGAAUGGCUUCCCUGCCAUGCGUGACUUUGUUGAGAGAGUGGUGGAAAAACUCAGUGUGGGAGAAAACCGAGACCGUGUCUCUGUGGUCCAGUACAGCAGAGACGCAGAGGUCCACUUCUAUCUGAACACAUAUAACAAGAGAGAGGAUGUUGUGGAUUCGGUCAGAGGGCUUAGACACAGAGGAGGAAGACCUCUCAACACCGGGGCAGCCCUCCAAUAUGUCAGGGACAACGUCUUUACAAACUCCUCCGGGAGUAGACGCCUGCAAGGUGUCCCGCAGAUGCUGGUCCUGCUAACUGGGGGAAGGUCUGCUGACAGUGUAGACGCCCCAGCCUCUGCUCUCAAACAGCAGGGCGUCUUUGUGAUUGGCAUUGGAACUAGGACCUCUGACAGCAGAGAGCUGCAAAAGAUAUCACACGAGCCCAGUUACGCUCUAUCUGUGUCUGAGUUCACCGACCUCCCCAAUGUCCAAGAGCAGCUCUCCUCUGUAAUGAGCACAGUGCUUGUGAGGGCCACACCCAUGACACCAACAGUGACCGUGGUGAGACAGCCAGCAGGAAAGGAUGUGGUGUUCUUGCUGGAUGGAUCUGAUGGUACCCGAAGUGGAUUCCCAGCCAUGCGAGACUUUGUCCAAAGAGUGGUAGAGACACUCAGUGUGGAUGACAACAAAGACCGUGUCUCAGUGGUUCAGUACAGCAGAGACGCGCAGGUCCAGUUCUAUCUGAACACGUACACGACAAAGGGCCAGAUCCUUGACAGUGUCAGAGGCUUGAGGCACAAAGGUGGAAGACCCCUCAACACUGGAGCAGCUCUCCAGCACUUGAGGGAUAACAUCUUCACGGCCUCUGCCGGAAGCAGGCGCCUGGAAGGGGUGCCACAGAUCCUGGUGCUGCUAGCUGGUGGCAAAUCCUUUGACAGCGUUGAUGCACCCGCCUCUGCUCUCAAACAGCUGGGUGUCUUGACCUUUGCAAUUGGAACCAGAGGCUCUGACAGCAGAGAAUUGCAGACGAUAUCCCACAACCCCAGCAGUGCUCUGUCUGUGUCUGAAUUCACUGACCUUCCCAGUGUCCAACAGCAACUUCAGUCCUCCGUGGAGGCUGUGGUUAUUGACGUCACUCCAGAAUCACCAACUGUACUUGUUGACACUGCCAAAAAGGAUAUCGUAUUCCUUCUGGACGGUUCUGAUGGCACAAGGAAUGGCUUGCCUGCCUUGCGUGACUUUGUUGAGAGAGUGGUGGAAAAACUCAGUGUGGGAGAAAACCGAGACCGUGUCUCUGUGGUCCAGUACAGCAGAGACGCAGAGGUCCACUUCUAUCUGAACACAUAUAACAAGAGAGAGGAUGUUGUGGAUUCGGUCAGAGGGCUUAGACACAGAGGAGGAAGACCCCUCAACACCGGGGCAGCCCUCCAAUAUGUCAGGGACAACGUCUUUACAAACUCCUCCGGGAGUAGACGCCUGCAAGGUGUCCCGCAGAUGCUGGUCCUGCUAACUGGGGGAAGGUCUGCUGACAGUGUAGACGCCCCAGCCUCUGCUCUCAAACAGCAGGGCGUCUUUGUGAUUGGCAUUGGAACUAGGACCUCUGACAGCAGAGAGCUGCAAAAGAUAUCACACGAGCCCAGUUACGCUCUAUCUGUGUCUGAGUUCACCGACCUCCCCAAUGUCCAAGAGCAGCUCUCCUCUGUAAUGAGCACAGUGCUUGUGAGGGCCACGCCCAUGACACCAACAGUGACCGUGGUGAGACAGCCAGCAGGAAAGGAUGUGGUGUUCUUGCUGGAUGGAUCUGAUGGUACCCGAAGUGGAUUCCCAGCCAUGCGAGACUUUGUCCAAAGAGUGGUAGAGACACUCAGUGUGGAUGACAACAAAGACCGUGUCUCAGUGGUUCAGUACAGCAGAGACGCGCAGGUCCAGUUCUAUCUGAACACGUACAUGACAAAGGGCCAGAUCCUUGACAGUGUCAGAGGCUUGAGGCACAAAGGCGGAAGACCCCUCAACACUGGAGCAGCUCUCCAGCACUUGAGGGAUAACAUCUUCACGGCCUCUGCCGGAAGCAGGCGCCUGGAAGGGGUGCCACAGAUCCUGGUGCUGCUAGCUGGUGGCAAAUCCUUUGACAGCGUUGAUGCACCCGCCUCUGCUCUCAAACAGCUGGGUGUCUUGAUCUUUGCAAUUGGAACCAGAGGCUCUGACAGCAGAGAAUUGCAGAGGAUAUCCCACGACCCCAGCAGUGCUCUGUCUGUGUCUGAAUUCACUGACCUUCCCAGUGUCCAACAGCAACUUCAGUCCUCCGUGGAGGCUGUGGUUAUUGACGUCACUCCAGAAUCACCAACUGUACUUGUUGACACUGCCAAAAAGGAUAUCGUAUUCCUUCUGGACGGUUCUGAUGGCACAAGGAAUGGCUUCCCUGCCAUGCGUGACUUUGUUGAGAGAGUGGUGGAAAAACUCAGUGUGGGAGAAAACCGAGACCGUGUCUCUGUGGUCCAGUACAGCAGAGACGCAGAGGUCCACUUCUAUCUGAACACAUAUAACAAGAGAGAGGAUGUUGUGGAUUCGGUCAGAGGGCUUAGACACAGAGGAGGAAGACCCCUCAACAUCGGGGCAGCCCUCCAGUAUGUCAGGGACAACGUCUUUACAAACUCCUCUGGGAGUAGACGCCUGCAAGGUGUCCCGCAGAUGCUGGUCCUGCUAACUGGGGGAAGGUCUGCUGACAGUGUAGACGCCCCAGCCUCUGCUCUCAAACAGCAGGGCGUCUUUGUGAUUGGCAUUGGAACGAGGACCUCUGACAGCAGAGAGCUGCAAAAGAUAUCACACGAGCCCAGUUACGCUCUAUCUGUGUCUGAGUUCACCGACCUCCCCAAUGUCCAAGAGCAGCUCUCCUCUGUAAUGAGCACAGUGCUUGUGAGGGCCACGCCCAUGACACCAACAGUGACCGUGGUGAGACAGCCAGCAGGAAAGGAUGUGGUGUUCUUGCUGGAUGGAUCUGAUGGUACCCGAAGUGGAUUCCCAGCCAUGCGAGACUUUGUCCAAAGAGUGGUAGACACACUCAUUGUGGAUGAAAACAAAGACCGUGUCUCAGUGGUUCAGUACAGCAGAGACGCACAGGUCCAGUUCUAUCUGAACACGUACAUGACAAAGGGCCAGAUCCUUGACAGUGUCAGAGGCUUGAGGCACAAAGGCGGAAGACCCCUCAACACUGGAGCAGCUCUCCAGCACUUGAGGGAUAACAUCUUCACGGCCUCUGCCGGAAGCAGGCGCCUGGAAGGGGUGCCACAGAUACUGGUGCUGCUAGCUGGUGGCAAAUCCUUUGACCGUGUUGAUGCACCCGCCUCUGCUCUUAAACAGCUGGGUGUCUUGACCUUUGCAAUUGGAACCAGAGGCUCUGACAGCAGAGAAUUGCAGAUGAUAUCCCACGACCCCAGCAGUGCUCUGUCUGUGUCUGAAUUCACUGACCUUCCCAGUGUCCAACAGCAACUUCAGUCCUCCGUGGAGGCUGUGGUUUCUGAAACCAUAACUGAACUACCAGUUCUACCUGCGGAGUCACAGGGCCCCCGGAAAGAUGUUGUUUUCCUCGUUGAUGGAUCUGAUGGUGUUGGACGGGAAUUUGCUAUCAUCCAGGAGUUUAUCCGCCGAGUAGUCGAGAGUCUCAAUGUGGGCGAGAAUAAGAUCCGGAUUGGUGUGGUCCAGUAUGGUGACUUUGCUCAGGCUGAUAUGUACCUGAACACGCAUACAACUAAAGAAGGAAUUUUGAAUGGGAUCAGGGAAAUGAGCCAGCGAGGAGGAAGACAACGUAACCUGGGUCAAGCUUUGCAAUUUGUCAGUCAGGAUGUACUGACAGCAACACGGGGUAGCAGAAAGCAAGAGGGCGUACCGCAGUUUGUGAUUGCCGUGUCCAGUGGCCCCUCUACAGAUGAUGUCAAUCGUGCAGCGUCUUCCCUCAAACAAUCUAGAGUUCUUCCUUUCAGCAUUGGGACAAGAGAUGUUAACCCCACAGAGCUGCGGGUGGUGUCAUAUGUACCCAAUUUUGCCUUCACUGUAGAUGACCUCCCUGGCCUGUACACAGUUCAAGAAAACUUAAUCAACACUCUCACCGAGCUGUCAGAUGAUGACAUUGCCAGGAUGCGUCCAGAAUUCCCAACUUAUGACGAAAUCCCACCAGUGCCUGCAGGAGGAGAAAAGAGGGAUGUCGUAUUUCUAAUCGAUGGCACAACCGCGAUGCGUAGUGAGUUCAAUUCCAUCCGUGAAAUGAUAAGAAGAGUUGUGGAGAAGCUGGAUAUAGGAUUGGACAAGGUCCGAGUUUCAGUGGUGCAGUACAGUGAUGAACCAAAGACAGAAUUUCUUCUGAAUGAAUUGUCCAGCAAAAAUGAGGUACGCCAGGCUGUGAUGAGGCUUCGAAGCAAAGGCGGUAAUCGUCUAAACACUGGUCAGGCAAUUGACUUUGUUGGCAGAAACAUCUACCAGAGGGCAGCAGGAAGCCGCAUUGAGGAUGGUGUGCCUCAAUUCCUCAUUCUAGUUACAGGUGGCAAGUCUGCAGAUGACGUAUCUGCGCCAGCUGAACAACUGAAGAGAAACCAGGUUGCACCUCUUGCCAUUGGUUCACGGAAUGCAGACCCAGAUGAAUUGAGACAGAUUUCUCUAAAACCAGAGCUUGCAUAUACAGUUGACAAUUUCCAACAGCUUCCAAGAGUGGAGUCACAAAUCAUUGAUUCAGUCAAAACAAUUUCCACGGCUGAUAUCAUCAGUAGCUAUGUUCCUACUGUAGUGGACCAAGGAAACCUGGAUCUUGGGAGAAAGGACAUUAUCUUUCUUAUUGAUGGCUCAGAUAAUACAGGUCCUGCUGGGAUUGCUCAUAUCCGUGAUUUCAUCCUCAACAUCAUCCAACAACUUGAUGUACAGCCUGAUCAAGUGCGUGUGGCUGUUGUCCAGUAUGCUGAUAGAGUUAAAACAGAGUUCUCACUCAACUCACACAACAACAAGCCAGCUGUUAUCUCUGCAAUCAAAAGACUUCGUCAGAUGGGUGGACGGUCAUCAGAACUGGCUAAUGCCAUCGAGUACGUCAUACAGAAUGAGUUAAAACCUUCUGCUGGAUUUCGUCCAUCAGAGGCCUCCCAGCAUCUUGUGGUUCUCACAGGUGGACGUUCUCCUCAAGAUGUCUCCAUCUAUGGACCUCUGCUGAAGGGCUCUCGGGUGAACUGCAUUGGUAUUGGAGCGGGUGGGGCUGACACAAAACAGCUAAGCCAAAUAACUACCACCCAAGAGGAUGUCCUUCAGGUUCCUACAUUCCCUGGCCUCAAAACUAUAAAGGACAGGUUUAUUGCCAGGUUGAGAGGGUCCAUCACUGACAUAAUACCUCCAGAUUAUGAUGGUCCUACUGAGGGCCUGCCCCCACCUAAAAAGGCUGACAUAGUGUUUUUGGUGGAUGGCUCCAUUAAUCUGGGACGAGACAACUUCAACGAAGUGAUGUCAUUUAUCGCUAACCUGAUUGAUCUGUUCUUCACUGAGAGAGAUGACCUACGGAUCGGCCUGGCCCAUUAUGCUGCAGACGUGACUGACGCCUUUUUCCUCAACACUUACAAGAACAGGCAAGACAUAUUAAGUGCCAUUGGUCGAGUUGAGUUCAAGGGUGGACGUACACUCAAUACUGGUUCAGCCAUUCGGCAUGUUCAAGAUGUUCACUUCACCAGAGGUAAAGGCAGUAGGAUUGAUGAGGGCACUCCUCAGGUCCUUAUUGCUAUAACUGGAGGACGUUCAUUUGAUGACAGCAAAACAGCCGCCCUUGGUUUGAAGAAUAAAGGUGUGAGAAUCUUUGCUGUGGGAGUGGGGAACAUUCAGGAUGAGUUGGAAAACCUGGCAAGUGAGUCCACCACUGUGGCUCGAGCAAGCACCUUUCAGGAACUUUCAGAGCUCAAUGAACAAAUCCUAGAGACUCUGGAUGAUGAAGUUAAGGGAAAGCUAUGUGUUGGUGUACAAGAAGUACCUAAAACCUGCAACAUAGAGGUGUUGGUAGGCUUUGAUGUGUCUGCCCAGAACAUCUUCAGUGCUCAGACCAACCUCCAGAGCAAGAUGGGUGCCAUUCUGCGCAGGAUUUCCAAAAUGGCACCUAUCAGUUGCUCAGCUGGACAGAUUCCUUCUAUCCAAGUGGGCAUGCUGGCCAUGGAUUCUGCCUCUGAGCCUGUCCAGCUAGACUUCACGGACAAUGCUGAUGAGCUGUUUGAGGCUUUCAGAGCUCUGCGGAGUCGAGGCCCCUUUGUCCUUAAUGGCAAGACCAUCUCAGCUUACACCAACAGAUUAAAAAUACGACAGGACAGCACGGUCAAGGUUGUCAUUCAUUUGACUGAUGGUCUUGAUGCCCCGUAUGCUGAAAUGAAAAGACGAGUUGAGGAACUUCGGCUGUCAGGAGUGAACACUUUUAUCCUUGUUGGGCUGGAGCGGGUGCCCAAAUUUGAAGAGGCUUUGCUGCUAGAAUUUGGUCGUGGCUUCAGGUACACCAGACCCUUACGACUCAAUAUCAUGGACUUGGACUAUGAGCUUUUGGAAGAACUGGACAAUAUUGCAGAAAGGGAGUGCUGUAAAGUGCCAUGCAAAUGUACUGGCACCAGAGGAGACAGAGGAGCAGUUGGACUUCCAGGGUCUAAGGGUGGUCCAGGAUUACCAGGAAGCCAAGGACAUCCUGGAGAUGAGGGUGGACCUGGAGAGAGAGGUCCUCCUGGUGUUAAUGGAACUCAGGGUUUCCAGGGAUGUCCUGGACAGAGAGGUGUCAAGGGCUCUCGAGGGUACUCAGGUGAAAAGGGUGAAUUUGGAGAAAUCGGGCUUGAUGGCAUCAAUGGAGAAGAGGGCAAAAGUGGAGUGGCUGGGCCCCAAGGAGACAGAGGAAACCCUGGAAGAAGAGGUCCUAAAGGUGCCAAAGGACAAGCAGGAGACAUUGGAGACAUGGGAAUCAGAGGAGACCCUGGAACAAGUGGACAAGAUAACAAUCGUGCAGGGCCUAAAGGAGACCCCGGUGAUGCCGGACCAGUGGGAGAGCCCGGAGAAGAUGGAAAUAAGGGAGGUCCUGGUGAAGUUGGAAGAAGGGGAGCCAAUGGCAGAAGAGGUGCACCUGGGCAGGCUGGAAAUCCUGGAAGGCCAGGAGCUAAUGGUGUGCAGGGAGAGCCUGGUAUUGGAGGAUCUCGAGGUCCAUCUGGACCAAAUGGUGCACCAGGACCCAGAGGAGAAGAUGGGAACCCUGGACCGAGGGGUCCCGGAGGAAGCCCAGGCCCCGGUGGAGAGAAGGGUAGAAGAGGAACACUUGGUCGCAAGGGAGAGCCAGGAGACCCAGGACCUAAGGGUGUUGUUGGACCCCUUGGACCCCGUGGAGAGCCAGGUGAAGAUGGUAGAGAUGGGUUUGGUGUUGCAGGGCCUAGAGGAAGAAAGGGUGACGAGGGAUUCCCAGGAUUCCCGGGACCCAAGGGAGCAGCUGGGGAUCCCGGCACCCAGGGCGGACCUGGACCCAGAGGAAAUCGUGGACAGAGAGGUGUCUCUGGGAGUAUCGGUACACCCGGACAGAAGGGAGAAGUUGGAUAUCCUGGACCAUAUGGUGUCAAAGGACCAAGGGGACCAGGUGCUGUGCAAUGUGACCUGGUCAAGAAGAUCAGAGACAACUGCCCUUGCUGUUAUGGUCAGCAGGAAUGCCCGCUUUACCCCACUGAGUUGGCCUUUGCCCUGGACGCCUCUCAAGGCCUUGGCCGUCCAGCCUUCAACAACAUGCGUGACACCGUCCUGCGCCUAGUCAAAGACAUUACCAUUGCAGAGAGUAACUGUCCAAGAGGAGCUCGUGUUGCUUUGACCUUAUACAACAGUGAAGUGACCACAGAGGUCCGCUUUGCAGAUGCAAUAAAGAAGCGUGCCCUGGUCGAUCGCAUUGAAGGACUACAGAUCCCACAGACAAGAAAGCCACGUAACUUGGAAACAGCCAUGAGCUUUGUGGCCCAGAACACCUUCAAAAGAGUGCGGAGUGGUUUCCUCAUGAGGAAGGUGGCCAUCUUCUUUGUUGGUGAUCAAGUCGGUCAGGCCCAAGGAAUUACUAAUGCAGCUCUCCGCCUCCAUGAUGCUGGAAUCGCCACUCUAUUACUGGUCCCCCGUGAGGACAGAGCACUCAGCAGAGCAGUGCAGGUCAACAACACAGCACUGGCCCAAGUAAUAGUCAUUCCAGGCCCUGGAAGUUCACAGUACAAUUCAGUCAUCCAAAAAGUUAUGAACUGCCAUGUCUGCCUAGAUACCUGUUCCCCAGACCAAAUGUGUGACUAUGUCCCCCCCUCGGGCAUCCGAGAUAGAAGGUCUUCCACCUCAGACGUGGACAUCGACAUGGCUUUUGUCAUGGACAGCUCUGAGUCUACCUACCCAACAGUCUUUGCUGAGAUUAAACGCUACAUAGCUCACAUAGUGGAGCGGCUUCAUGUGUCUUCAAAUCCCACAUCUUCUGUUCACCAUGCUAGAGUGUCUGUGAUCCAACAAGCACCUUACGAGUUCCUCUACAACAAGACCGGCUCUCCUAUCCACGUGGACAUUGGCCUGACUGAGCACCACUCAUCUAAGGAUAUUGUCAAAUUCCUGCUGGAGAAGACCCCACAAUUAGAGGGCGGCCGUGCACUGGGAGCAGCUAUUGAAUCAACAGUGGAACAUGUGUUUGAGAAAGCACCUCUGCAACGUGACAAGAAGGUCCUCAUGCUCUUUGUGACAGGAAGUGUUGAAGAAGAAGAGGAUCAACUGGUGCGUAUUGCCACUGAGGUUAAGUGCAGAGGCUACUUCCUGAUCAUUUUUGCUGUGGGUGAAACUUUGAGUGCUACAGAUGCUCGCGUCUUGUCACGAAUGGUCAGUGAGCCUUCAGACGUCUUCUUGAAGCGGCUGGACAGCAUCUCACACUUUUAUGACAGACACAUCCAAACCUUUGGCCAAUUGCUGCCCAAGUAUAUCAGCAUUGAAAAUGCUUUCUACAUGUCUCCUGAAGUCUCCAAAAACUGCAAGUGGUUUCAGAGUGACCAGCCACUAAAAAACCCCUUUACAUCAUCACAGCAACAUGAGAAGAAUCAGAAACAUCAUGAAAUUCAUCAAGCAGUUCAUCAAAGAAAGCACAAAGAUACAGAGGAGCUACACAUCUCAAAUGUCACCUCCAACAGCUUGAAAUUGCGUUGGAGCGGUCCGGACCCCAAACUCUUUGUCUACUUUGAGGUAGCCGUGACACGCCUGCACGACCAUGUGUUGGUGCUGAAGACCAACGUGUCGGGCACAGAGCUUUCUGUGGACAACUUGGAAAGCGCUCAAACAUAUCAUGCUGUAGUGACUGCUUAUACAGCAGAGGGUCAAACUGUCUCCACCCGCAAGGGUAUCAUCACUACCAAAGUAGCAGAGCACAAGCCGGUCAGCCAUGGUGGCAGUACUGUAACUACCACACCAUUGGACAAACCAGAAACUGUUAAUGAAUUUGCAGACCCAUGCUCACUUGACUAUGACCCUGGAAUGCCAUGCAAAGACUAUCAGGCUAAGUGGUUCUUUGACAGAAAGAACGGGUUCUGUACACAGUUCUGGUAUGGAGGUUGUGGAGGCAAUGAGAAUAGGUUCGACACUGAGGCCCUCUGCUUGAAAAACUGCAUGAGGUCAGUGCCAGAGCCUCAGCCAGAGGUGCAACAGGUUGAACAGGUGGAGAUCCUCCCAGUUCCCGCGGCCUCUACAGCUGUGGAUAUUUGCCAGCUUCCUAAAGAAGAAGGUACCUGUGCCAAAUUUGUCCUCAAGUGGCACUAUGACGCCCUCAGCAAGAGCUGCACUCGCUUCUGGUAUGGAGGCUGCGGUGGAAACCAGAAUCGCUUCGACACACAUGAGCAAUGUGUGAAAGCUUGUGGAAAACCAGCACCUGUCAAUCAAGGAGUCAUUGCUUCAAUAAGAACAUAGGACGAAGGUGACAGACAUGGCCAGCUUUUACCUCUGUGUGGGGGAUACUGAGGAGAACCAUCCAAAAUGGCCAUACUGUAAAGAUGCAAUACCAAAGCAAUGGUGGCUGCACUGGAUUCCACAAACAUGAACUUUAUCCCCAACAUUCUUGAAGUAGUCUUUUUAACAACAAGAAAGAAGGCAACACGAUUUGCUGCAUGAUUUGUUUUAACCUACUGGUGCUACAUAGUAAGUUUGUUUUAUAGAUGGACCUGUUAAGUGCAUUCAGUUUUGUAAGUCAAUUUUUCUGGAACAAUGACAUCAUAUGAGUUUUCAUGUUUUUUUAAAUGCAUUUUUUUCCUAAAUAAACAAGAAACAUAUAUGAAUAUCUUGGACCGAGAUCAGUUAUAAAUCAGUACAUGCAGGACUGUCAUUACUCAAUGCAGUAAUCUUUUUUUUUUUUUACAUAUGUGUUUUUUUUUUAGUUUUUACAUUCCACAUUCACAUAGUAACAUUGGUUUAUCAUGUUUUCAAACUCACUUGAUCCCUGUGGAAUCAUCACUUCACUAUUUCACAGUCACAGAAUCCACAGCAAUGUUUACACAGGUCAUAUAUGACAGUGUGUGUAUUUAAAUGACAGCGACCAACUGCUCGGAUGCAAACAUUAAUGUAAUGUUAAGUGCACUUCUGGAUCCAUUGCCUCGAACACAUGAUUUCCAGCUAUUAAAAAGGAAUGUACUUGUCAAGUUGUUGUUAUUUUUUGUUUUAUUUGGGUUUGCUGAAAUUUAUGUUUCAUCUGGUUAACAGGGAAAUAAAAAUGAAUUAGACUUUCUAAUAAAUAUGAGCAACUGA